AUGGUGGAGACGCUGAGUAUCGCAGUCAUCGGUGCUCCCGGAGUGGGGAAAACUUCUAUAAUCCGCCAGUUCAUCUAUAACGAUUUCUCGGAGGUGUACACGCCGACCAGGACCAGAUAUGUGUACAGACCCUCGGUCAUACUCAACGGGAACAUGUAUGAGCUGAAGAUUUUGGACGUCCCGCCAAUCUCCUCUUUUCCAUCAAGCUCCAGCCAGGAGUGGCUGGAUCUGCGCUGCAGAGGUGUUCGCAAUGCCAACGCCUACAUCCUGGUGUAUGACAUCUGCUGCGUGGAGAGCUUCGAAUACGUCAAGAUGAUCAGACAGCAGAUAGUGGAGCACAGGGAUGGCAGCAGCAGUGAGGUGCCAAUCCUAGUAGUAGGCAACAAGAGAGACCUGCAGCGCCAGCGCUUCAUGCCUCGCAGGGCAGUGUCAGUCCUGGUGAAGAAGACCUGGAAGUGCGGUUAUGUGGAGUGCUCUGCCAAGUUUAACUGGCACGUGGUCCUGCUCUUCAAAGAGUUGCUGGGCAUCGCUGUGGCGCGGGGCAUGCGCCAGAACCACACCUCCAUCCGUCUGCAGGGGGCGCUACAGAGGAAUCGCUGCACCAUCAUGUGA